AUGAGUUCUACCAGCUGGGAGCUGACAUCAGAUGAAUUCAGGCUGGACAUAAAGCACAGGAUCCGUCCCCAGCUGUCAAAGGAGAAGAUUGAGGGAUGCCACAUCUGCACUUCAGUGACGCCUGGGGAGCCCCAGGUGCUGCUGGGAAAGGACAAGGCGUUCACCUAUGACUUUGUGUUCGACCUGGACACGUGGCAGGAGCGGAUCUACACCACCUGCGUCAGCAAACUCAUCGAGGGCUGCUUCGAAGGCUACAAUGCCACUGUGCUGGCGUAUGGCCAGACCGGCGCUGGGAAGACGUACACCAUGGGCACCGGCUUUGACACAAACAUCUCGGAGGAGGAGCACGGGAUCAUCCCGCGGGCCAUCUCCCAUCUCUUCAGUGGCAUCGAGCAGCGCAAGCGGGCAGCGCAGGAGCGUGGCACAGCCGUGCCAGAGUUCAAAGUCAGCGCCCAGUUCCUGGAGCUCUACAACGAGGAGAUCCUGGACCUGUUCGACAGUGCCCGGGACCCUGACUCCCGCCACCGCAAGUCCAACAUCAAAAUCCAUGAGGAUGCCAGCGGCAGCAUCUACACCACGGGCGUCACCUCCCGCCUCAUCAGCUCCCAGGAUGAGCUGAUCCAGUGCCUGAAGCAGGGAGCUCUGUCCCGCACAACCGCCAGCACCCAGAUGAAUGUCCAGAGCUCCCGCUCCCACGCCAUCUUCACCAUCCACCUGUGCCAAAUGCGAGUCUGUGCCCAGCCCGACCUGGUGACCGGCCUUCCAGAGGGAUCCCAGGCCACCAGCGAGUACGAGACCCUCACCGCCAAGUUCCACUUCGUCGACCUGGCUGGCUCGGAGAGGCUGAAGCGGACGGGAGCUACGGGCGAGAGAGCCAAGGAGGGCAUCUCCAUCAACUGCGGCCUGCUGCCGUUGGGAAACGUCAUAAGCGCCCUUGGAGACCAGAGCAAGAAAGCGGUGCACGUACCCUACCGAGACUCCAAACUGACCCGGCUCCUCCAGGACUCGCUUGGGGGGAACAGCCAAACCAUCAUGAUCGCCUGCAUCAGCCCCUCUGACCGGGACUUCAUGGAGACCUUAAACACGCUCAAGUACGCCAACCGGGCUCGCAACAUCAAGAACAAGGUGGUGGUGAACCAGGACAAAACCAGCCAGCAGAUCAGCGCCCUGCGGGCCGAGAUCGCCCGCCUCCAGAUGGAGCUCAUGGAGUACAAGGCGGGCAAACGUGUGAUCGGGGAGGACGGCGCCGAGGGCUACAGUGACUUGUUCCAGGAGAACGCCAUGCUCCAGAAGGAGAACGCCACCUUGCGCAUGAGGGUGAAGGCCAUGCAGGAGGCCAUUGAUGCCAUCAACAGCCGGGUCACCCACCUGAUGAGCCAGGAGGCCAAUUUGAUACUGGCCAAGGCAGGUGAUGGCAACGAGGCCAUCGGCGCCCUGAUCCAGAACUACAUCCGGGAGAUCGAGGAGCUCAGGACAAAGCUCUUGGAGAGCGAAGCCACGAACGAGUCGCUCCGCCGGAGUCUGUCGCGGGUCUCCUCCAGGCCCCCGUACUCCCUGGGCUCGUCUCCAGGCCCAGGCCUGGGGGCGCUCAGCAGCCCCGUGGUCUCCAUGGAGGCAGAGGCCACCGAAGUCCUCCGGCGGGCCAAGCAGGACCUGGAGCGGCUGAAGAAGGAGACCAGGCAGCGGAGGAAGAGCCCGGAGAAGGAGGCCUUUAAGAAGAGGCCAAAGCUGCAGCAGGAGAACGGGGAGGAGACGGACGAGAACGAGGAGGAGGAGGAGGAGCGGGAGGAGAGUGGCUGUGAGGAUGAGGACGAGGAUUCGGGCAGCGAGGAGAGCCUGGUGGACUCGGACUCCGAUGUGGAGGAGAAGGUGGUGAAUUUCCAGGCUGAUCUGGCCGACCUGACCUGCGAGAUCGAGAUCAAGCAGAAGCUGAUUGACGAGCUGGAGAACAGCCAGCGGCGCUUGCAGACCCUCAAGCACCAGUACGAGGAGAAGCUAAUCCUGCUGCAGAACAAGAUCCGCGACACCCAGCUGGAGAGGGACCGGGUGCUGCAGAACCUCAGCACCAUGGAAUGCUACACGGAGGAGAAGGCCAACAAGAUCAAGGCGGACUACGAGAAGCGGCUGAAGGAGAUGAAUCGGGACCUGCAGAAGCUGCAGGCAGCCCAGAAGGAACACGCUCGCCUGCUCAAGAACCAGUCGCGCUAUGAGCGGGAGCUCAAGAAGCUGCAGGCUGAGGUGGCAGAGAUGAAGAAGGCGAAGGUGGCACUGAUGAAGCAGAUGCGGGAGGAGCAGCAGCGGAGGCGGCUGGUGGAGACCAAGCGGAAUCGGGAGAUCGCCCAGCUGAAGAAGGAGCAGCGCAGGCAGGAGUUUCAGAUCCGGGCUCUGGAGUCUCAGAAGCGGCAGCAGGAAAUCGUGCUGCGAAGGAAAACCCAGGAGGUCUCUGCUCUGCGCCGCCUGGCCAAGCCCAUGUCGGACCGGGUCUCUGGGAGGCUGAGUCAGAAGCCCGCCAUGCUGGACUCGGGUGCGGAGGUGUCCGCCAGCACCACCUCCUCGGAACCGGAGUCCGGCUCUCGCUCGGUCUCCAGCAUCGUGCGCCAGUGGAACCGGAAAAUCGACCACUUCCUGGGAGACCCUUCGCCCUCCGUGAAUGGGGCUCGGCCCGUCAGGAAGAAGUUCCCAAAGAAGGGGAUGAGCCAGACCUUCAGCAAGGCGGCCCGGCUCAAGUGGCAGUCGCUGGAGCGGCGCAUCUUUGACGUCGUCAUGCAGAGGAUGACCAUCGUCAACCUGGAGGCAGACAUGGAGCGGCUGAUCAAGAAACGCGAGGAGCUGGCGCUGCUGCAGGAGGCACUGCAGGGGAAGAGGGGAAAGCUGCAGGCGGAGAGCCCAGAGGAGCAGAAGGGCCUGCAGGAGCUGAACGAGGAGAUCGAGGUGCUGACAGCCAACAUCGACUACAUCAACGACAGUAUCGCCGACUGCCAGGCCACCAUCAUGCAGCUGGAGGAGACCAAGGAGGAGCUGGACUCCACCGACACCUCCGUGGUCAUCAGCUCCUGCUCCUUGGCCGAGGCACGCCUCCUGCUGGACAACUUCCUCAAGGCUUCCAUCGAUAAGGGGCUGCAGGUGGCUCAGAAAGAAGCCCAGAUUCGCCUGCUGGAAGGGCGCCUGAGACAAACGGAUGUGACUGGCUCCUCUCAGAACCAUGUGAUCCUGGAUGCCCUGCGGGAGAAAGCGGAGUCCCACCCCGAGCUGCAGGCGCUCAUCCACAACGUGCAGCAAGAGAACGGCUACGCCAGCACGGACGAGGAGAUCUCGGAGUUCAGCCUGGCCUCGGAGGGGAGCUUCUCCCAGUCUUUCACCAUGAAGGGCUCGGCCAGCCAGGACGACUUCAAGUUCAAGGGGGAACCCAAGCUGUCAGGCCAGAUGAAGGCUGUGUCGGCCGAGUGCCUGGGACCCACGCUGGACAUCUCCACCAAGAACAUCACCAAGUCCUUGGUGUCCCUCAUGGAGAUCAAGGAAGACGGGAUCGGCUUUUCCAUCCGGGAUUCCUACUACAAGGAUAAGGUCUCCCGCACCAUCAGCCUGCCCACCCGCGGCAGCACCUUCCCUAGGCAGUCCCGUGGCUCGGACACCUCGCCUCUGACCCGCAGGAAAUCCUAUGACCGGGGGCAGCCUGCCAGGACUUCGGACGUUGGCUUCACGCCUCCCUCAUCCCCUCCCACCAGGCCACGCAAUGACCGCAACGUCUUCUCCCGCCUCACCAGCAACCAGAGCCAGGGCUCCGCGCUGGACAAGUCUGAUGACAGCGAUUCCUCUGUCUCGGAGGUGCUGAGGGGCCUCAUUAACCCCGUGGGCCCGCUGCAGUGCAUCUCCGUGGCGGAAGGACACUCCAAGCCCGUUCUCUGUGUGGACGCCACCGACGAGCUGCUCUUUUCCGGAUCCAAAGACUGGAGCUGCAAAAUGUGGAACCUGGUGACGGGCCAGGAAAUCGCCUCACUAAAGGGCCACCCCAAUAAUGUGGUGUCCAUCAAGUACUGCAGCCACUCAGGGUUGGUCUUCACUGUCUCCACCUCCUACAUCAAGGUGUGGGAUAUCCGGGACUCGGCCAAGUGCGUCCGCACCCUCACCUCUUCAGGUCAGGUGAUCUCUGGGGACGCCUGUGCCGGGACCACCACCCGCACCAUCGCUAGCGUGCAGGGCGAGCACCAGAUCAACCAGAUCGCACUCAACCCCGCCGGCACCAUGCUCUACGCUGCCGCCGGGAACUCUGUCCGCAUCUGGGAGCUCAACAGGUUGCAGCCUAUCGGGAAGCUGACCGGCCACAUCGGGCCUGUGAUGUGUCUCACUGUGAACCAGACCGUGAGCAACCCUGACCUGGUCGUCACCGGCUCCAAGGAUCACUACGUCAAGAUGUUUGAGAUUGCGGACAGCGUGGUGGGGAACGUCGGCCCCACCCAUAACUUCGAGCCCCCACACUACGAUGGCAUCGAGUGUCUGGCCAUCCAGGGCGACGUGCUCUUCAGCGGCUCCAGGGACAACGGGAUCAAGAAGUGGGACCUGGAGCAGCAGGAGCUCCUCCAGCAAAUCCCCAACGCGCACAAGGACUGGGUCUGCGCCCUGGCCUUCGUCCCCGGCCGCCCCAUGCUGCUGAGCGCCUGCCGCGGGGGCGUGGUGAAGGUCUGGAACGUGGAGAACUUCACACCUGUUGGGGAGAUCAAGGGCCACGACAGCCCCAUCAAUGCCAUCUGCACCAAUUCCAAGCACAUAUUCACUGCUUCCAGUGACUGCCGGGUAAAGCUAUGGACUUACGUGCCUGGGCUCACCCCCUGCCUUCCUCGCUGCAUCCUUGCCAUAAAGGGGCGUGCCACUAGCCUGCCUUGA